GAGGUCAAGAGGGGGAGCCAGGCGGCUUCGAAAACAAUGGAAACCAAACAGCUCGGGAUUGCGCAGUUUCGUAGGAGAAGAAAGGAGAUCCCACCUCCCGGACUAGAAUGAGAAGAAGGUCUUCCUGGUGACGAGAGGCCACGAUGUCCCGGCCGGUGCCAGCUUGUGAAAUGUUUCCUCGAGAGACGUCUCCGGUCCAGUCCCGCCGAGGGAGUAGCCCCCCAGUGCCCCCCAACGUCCUGAGGACCACCACGGACUUCCCUAGGGCCGCCUCGCCAAGGAGGGAGAGCGACGCGCAAAGAGGAUAUGACACUGCUCGGGGAGCCUCCCCGCGACGGGGCAGUGAGACCCCGCAAGGUACGAACACGCCGAGAGCGUCGCAGGGAGCCUCUUCGCGGAGAGAGAGCGAGCUGCCGCAAAGGAGAGGCUCCCCUCCGAGGGACAGCAUCGAGGCCUCCCGGAGGGUGUCCGCACCGAGAGGCAUUCCUCCGCCACCAGUGUCAGGGACCUCUUCGCGACGAGGGAGCGAACUGUCACAGACCUAUUCCAUCCGGCAAGCGGACGGCUUACCGCGGCCCCCUUCUCCGCAACGGAAGAGCGAAGAUACUCGGAGCACUCCAUCUCCCAAAGGGGCGGACGCGUUAACGGGAAACUCGUCCCGUCGAGGGAGCGAACUCUCCCAAACCUUCGCCCCGAGGUAUGUGAGUCCGCUUUGCCAGGACCCGCCGGUGCUGUACGUCGACCCCGCUCAACGUGGGAGGACCCCAGCCCGGACCGUCUCACCGCAAGCGUUGACAGAUUAUCGCGGUGGACGGUGUUCCCUCAAAACUGGGCAGUUCAACAUGACCGCCAGCCAGAUGCUCCUCGCCAUGCAGCAAGGGCUGAAUUCGCAGCGGGAGGAGCUGUACCCAAGGUCUCGCCCCUUGUCCGAAAUGGACACCUUUCCAGGGAGGUCCCAAAUGGAGAGCAAAUACGUUCCUAGCUGCUUUGUCCCAGAUGAGACCUUUCCGUCGACGAGUAAAUAUUUAGCAAGGCCGAUCAUCUUAAGCCCGAAGGAUGAAGCGACCCAAACGCCGCUUCCGAGGAGAGAGUCCAUACAGUCAUCCCGGAUGCCUUUCCAACUAGGGAACGAAUCGGGGCAACGGGAUUCCUCCCAGCCUCCGAGGAAGCUCAUCCGGAAACAUGUGGUCAACCCCAAGGACAUAUGGACCCAAACGGAGCCUUAUCCCUUCUCCAUUUCCCCCAAGUGUGACCGGUCGCAGGUGGAGGUGUGGACAAUGACGGAUACCAGGCCAGGACUGUCCCCGGUGCCCACCGUAUUCCCCGAAUCGGAGCCCAAACCAAGCUAUAGACCCCUUUCCCAACAGGAAAGCCAAGCCAAUUAUCUCUGUUACCUCCAUCGAGAGAUAGAAGCUGCCCAGAAGCGAAUCCAUGAGCUGAGAUCUCAGAGCCUUGCCUCUGCAGACAUCGAGCGGAGAAGGAGUUCUCUCCAAACCAGGCCCGAACCCAGCCCAACAGUAGCCAGGGCCGAACCAGGCCCAUUGGUAACCAGGCCUGAACCAGGCCCAAUGGUAACCAGGCCCGAACCAGGCCCAACAUUAACCAGGCCUAGACUAGGCUCAAUGGUAACCAGGACCGAACCAGGCCCAGCAGUAACCAGGUCCGAGCCAGGCAGAACAGUAAGACGUCUGGUUUAUCAUCCGGAAAGUGAAUCGGAAUAUCGGUGCAAGCUCCACCAAGAGAUGGAGGCCCGUAACCGUUUGUCUCCAGACAUGUUCCAAGAGAUUACUCUUUUCCCGGAUGCUGGCGAAAAAAGGAGCUCCCUCCAAACGGAACCCAAAGAGGACCCAAAGCGGCCCGCUCUGCCGGAGAUACAGGCCCACCAGAUAUCUUAUAACCAAUUCCCAACGUCACACCGAGGCUCCUUGUUGAAAGAGGCCGAGCGGCGGAGGACACUUUCGACCGUCCUUGAAUCGUCCCACCAAGUUGCCCUCCGAUCCGAGUCGCCGCCAAAUAUCCACCAACGCUGCUUCCAGACAGAACGGCGGCCCUCCAGUCUUUCUGAAAGCGAGGCAGGAUACCGAUGCCUCCUUCACGAAGAGUUGGAGGCCGAGCACCGGCGUUUGUUCGGCCACGAGGCCAGAGAGAGGUCACGGGAGCCGUCUUGGACAGCCGGCAUGAACACGGCGACCCAAACGGAGCCUUAUCGAGAGUCCAGGACAACACGCCAGACCAAGACCCCGAGUCCGAGACCGUUGCAAUAUCCGGAGACUGCCGUGGGUGGUGAGUCGUUGCCGCCAAGAGGGUUGGCGAAGUUCGGGCCUCACUCAACUUGGUGGCCGUUACUCCAAGAAGAUCUCAGUUCACCAUGGACAUCACCGAGACAGGGGUUGACGGAGCAAUGGAAGGACCGAAGCAGGAGUCUACCCACUCCAGAUUGGAUGGAGAGGAACGAGAGUCCACCCACAUCGGGGUGGACCGAUAGGAGCCGCAGUUUGCCGGCGGCGGACUGGGUGGAGAGGAGCACGCCAGACUGGACGGAGAGGCUGUCCUGCUCGUUGUCGCCGGACGUCAUGGAGGACACCUUGGCCUCGCCGGCGGAAUCCGAGGUCGCCCUGGACGAUCCGCUCGGAUCAAGGGACAACCUGUCUCCGCCAUCGCCUCCCCUUGAGUGCCCGUUCAUCCGGGAUCACAGGAAGCAGAGGUCCGAGUGCGAGGGUCCCAGUCACGAAGCUGACAAGCUGCUCAAGCCGUUGAAGGGGAAGCCCGACAGGUUCAGUGCUUUCUUCGUGGAUGUCUCCGACUCGAUGAACACAGACAUCCUGUGGUGGCUGAAAGGUGGGUACGUUUUGGAGGCCAGGGCUGGGCGGCUUUUGGAGCUUCCUCCAGCCCUCGGGUUCUCAUUUUUGGUGCCUCUUCUUCCAACCGGAUCUCUCUCUUGCUCUCCUCGUUCUUCUGGCUGCGUCCUGGAUCCGGUGGUCGGUUCGGUUGGAAACGGACCAUUCCCGGCAACUUGCAGAUGAAGAAGUGAGUCUGGAAGCAGCGCCAAUCUUUCCCGGCAUUUUUUAUUUCAUUUGGAGAGAUUGAUGGGCCUUUCCUUCUUUCUUCCGCCUCCCUUUCUUUCCUCCUUCCUGCCUCUUUCCUUCUGUCUCUCUUUCACUCCUAUUUCCUUCCUUUUCUCCUUCCUUCUCUCUUUCCUUCCUUUUUACUUCUUUCUCUCCUUCCUUGCUCUUACAUUCCCUCUCUCCUUCUCUCUUCUUAAUUCCUUCUCUCCUUCCUAUUUCCUUUCUUUUCUCCUUCCUUUCUCUUUCUCUCCUUCUCUUCUUCUUCUUUCCUUCCUUCCUUCCGCUUUACUUCUUGCUCUCCUUCCUUGCUCUUACUUUCCAUCUCUCCUUUUGUCCUUCUCUCCUUCCUCUUAUCUUUUCUUCCUUCUCUUCUUCCUUUCACUUUCCCUUCCUUCUUCCUUUCCCUUUUUUCUCCUUCCUUUCUUCUCUCCGUUCUUUCUCUUUCCCUCCCUCUUUCCUUCUCUCCUUCCUUUCUUUUUUCCUUCUCUUCUUCCUCUUUCCUUUCUUUUCUCCUUCCUUCCUCUUUAUUUCUUUCUCUCCUUCCUUGCUCUUACCUUCUUUCCUUUUAUCUUUCUCUCUUCCCUCUC